AUGAAACUGGAACUGGAACUGGAACUGGAACUGACACCAGAAGUUGAGAUUCAAGAAGAAACUUCCAUUGGAGAAGAUACUCAACGGAAUUAUCGGAUUUGGAAGAAGAAUUCUCCAUUCUUAUAUGAUUAUUUAUCAACUAAUUCUUUAUUAUGGCCAUCAUUAAGUAUACAAUUCUUUCCUGAUCAUGCUAGUAAUAAAAGUUUAGGAAAUAAUUCAUCAAAGGAUAAUGAAGUAUAUUAUCAAAGAUUAUUACUUGGAACUUUUACUUUAGGACAAUCUGUUGAUAGUAUUUCAGUACUUCAAUUACCUCAAUAUAAAGAUUUAAAUAAAAAUUUAAAUAUUAAUAAACUUGAUUAUAAUCAAGAUAAACAAGAAUUUGAAUUAAAAAUGUCAUCUAAUAAUAAACUUAAAGUUGUUCAAAAAAUUAAUCAUUUUGGUGAUGUUAAUAAAACAAUUUAUAUGCCUCAAAAUCCUAAUAUAAUUGCAGCUAGUAAUAAUUUUGGUAAUAUAUCAAUUUAUGAAAGAACUAAACAUAAAAGUUUUAAAAAUUCUAUAAUUGAUGAUACUGAAUUAAAUAAAGUUCAAAUUCAUCUUUCAAAUCCAGAAAUUUCUUCUUGUCUGGAAAAUAAUGGAAUAUUUGCUAUUGAUUGGAGUAAACAAAUUGAAGGUACAAUAAUAUCAGGAGAUAUGAAUGGUAGAAUUAAUUUAUAUGAUAUUCGAAAUAAUUAUUCAUGUAAAGAUGAUAAUGUUUUUGCCCAUUGGUCUUAUCAAGUAUUAAAUCAAGGUGAUAUUGGAAUAAAUGAUAUUAAAUGGUUCCCAAAUCAUAAUAGUAUAUUUGGUACAGUUCAAGAAGAUGGAUUUAUUCGAAUUUUUGAUACUAGAUUACAAUCAUUAAAUUCAAAUACUUUAAGUUUUAAAGAUUCAACUAUAGGAGUAAAUAGUUUAAAUGUUAAUCCUGGUAAUAAUAUGGUCAUUGCUACUGGUAAUAGUAGAGGUCAAAUUAAUAUUUGGGAUAUAAGAAAUUUUAAAAAUAAUAAUCAUAAUCAAAAUCAAAUUAAUUCAAGUCUAAUUCAAAUUAAUAAUCAACAUACUGAUUCAAUAACUCAAGUUAAAUGGCAUCCAAAAUAUCAUAAUAUUCUUGGAUCUUCAUCAACUGAUGGUCUGGUAAGAUUAUUUGAUAUAAGUAAUUCAAAUAUUAAUUCAAAUCAAGGUCUUAUAUUUUUACAUGCUGGUCAUAUGUUAGGGGUUAAUGAUUUUGAUUGGUCAUAUCAUGAUGAUUGGUUAAUUGCAAGUGUAGCAGAUGAUAAUUCUUUACAUAUUUGGAAACCUACACAUUUAAUAACCAAUAAGUAUCAUAAUUAA